UGCAACACGUGACGAAAGAUCUCACUGACGCGCUGAACGAAAAUCUCCCCUUCAGUUCACGUUUAUGACAUUACAUAUGUUUCUGAGUGGAUGAAUUGUGCCUGGAUCAGAAUUUAAUGCUACUCUGGGCGUUCACUUCGCGUAACCAGGGAAGCUCUAUUAACGCCCAGCGCUGGUCCUUGUCAACGAAGGCUCGAGUCUCAUGAACAGAUCAAGAAAUAUGUGUUGUUCACUUUAGAGUGAUUCCAUUGUUGGAUUGAUUCCCAAAGGAUUUGUGAUUCAAACGGAAAACUUGCAUUGAGAACUAUUUAAAACGCGUUUGUUUCAUUUGAAUCAAUUCGUUUGUUGUCAAUUACUGGUCACGUUACAUUUGCUGCGGAACUGUAAUAUGGCCGCGCCCAUGAAACAGGAAACAAUAGCAGCAGACGAUUUGAAAUCGGGAAUUUUACAAAAAAUAGAGGGCAAUUGUUUCUUCGAAGAUGUAUCGGAUCAUCUUAAGUGCCUUGAUGUUUCAUAUGAUAUAGAUAAGGAAAAUUCAAAAGCUGCAAGCUGGUUAGACUGGGCAGUGCGUAUUCCAUAUCUUAAGGUUAUCAAGUCUUCAGUGCCUGUGGGUAUUCUACCUAAUGCAUACCAAGGACAUUUGAUUGAUGUCAAAGUAUUUGCAAGACAUGGACCAGAUGAUGAAAUCUAUGACAAUAACAAGUCUAUACGAGAAAAGGUUGCCAGGGGUAACUGUUUUCUGAACAUUGAGAAUGGCCCCCACAGAGGAACCACCUGUGUUCUCUAUGCCCUGAAGAAAUUUACAGGGGGACUUGGCGAUGAUGAUGACAGGGAACAGGGGGAUAACUUCACGUGGAAAAAAUACUUCACUCAGCCAAUAGAAUCUACCUCUAAUGUUGUGGCCACAAGGAAAGCCAAUGGGGAGGCAGCACAUCUCAGCUGCAUGAUGAUUGAUGGUGAAUAUGUCCUUUGUGGAGGAUCCAAGAAUGUCCAUCUGCUAUUCAGAAGAAAAUUGGAUAUCAAGCGUUACCCUGAGGAUCGAUUCCGUAUUGCACGUGAAGUGUGUACUACUGUCAUGGAUGUCCUGGAUCAGAUGGAGGCUUCAGACAGACAAAGGUUGCUGCAGUUCCUGUGUUUGAGUCGGUACACAGCGGUGUUCGAGAUACUGGCCCCACACCAUCAGCAUGUAGAAGACCUCUCCCAUUUACCAGGGCCCCAGCUACAGUUUAUUACAUGGACCAGUACAGACCUCGAGCCGCCCUCCGACUCCCAGCUGUCAACGCUCCCUCCACAUGUUGGUAUUGAGAUUGCCCGAGCUUUAGGUUUACAAACUGUUGAAUAUGAAAUCAUACCCCCAACAGCUGUAGAGAAAAGAAUGAUUGAGAUCCGCCAGGGUUACAACUAUGAAGGGGAAGUCCUGUAUUUCCUCGACUCAUCUAACUGUGUGAUUGGGCUGCUGAAAAAGAAAACUAUAUGGUAUAUCAUCUGUAGAGCUACACGCGAGAAGGUCCGGGUCGCAUGUCAACUGGCAAAGAAAAACCCAGACACCUUUCAGAUAUCUCGAUCAAUACAGAAGCUGGAGAAGAGAAUGAUGGAGAUACAGAUGUGGCUCGGCAUGGACGACGACAGUGUGGAAAAGUGGAGGGAACUCGCUGUACGAUUCUUACGAUGGAGCAUCCAUGAACUGGAGGCAGGCCACAUCUGCGUGAAUGACAUCUCCGACAAGUUUCCUGUUUUAUGGUGA